GGGACGCUCCGCCGCUGGGAAGCGGCCAGAGGCCCAGGGAAGCCGCGGCUCUGCACAGCGGGAAUCCGGGGAACCCUCAGUCACCCCUCGGAGCAAGCGGGCCGCCGAGGCGCAGGCAGUGGCCAGGCCUCCCUUAAGGGGCGGGCCGGCCGGCGGGGCGCGCGUCCUUCCUGGUUGCUGGCGCGCUAGGGUUCCGCUGCGGCGGUGCCCUGCGCGCAGACUUGUUUCCUCGUUUGUGCAGCGUGUUCGGGGGUUAGCUGAGGCGGAGUUCAUCUGGAAGUCUCUCAUUGGCCACUGUCCUUUCUAAAGAAGUCACUUGCCUUCCCGAGUCUGCCUGCCCUGAGCUGCUGGGGACUCUCUGGGAGCUGAGAGAAUGGUACUCUUCAGGCAGCUGUCCCCGGGUUCCAAGGCUGCCCUGGCUGCAGCCACUGUCUUCGUGUCCAUGAUCCUCUCCCGCUCCUUUCUGGCUGAGACCCUUGAGCUCCAGGCUUGGCGCUGGCUGUUCCGCCUGCAGAUGGUCCUGUUUGUCAACUCCCUCAUGCUCAUUGGUUCCUUGUACAUCUGGCGGAGCACAGAUGGUCCUGUUUGUCAACUCCCUCAUGCUCAUUGGUUCCUUGUACAUCUGGCGGAGCACAGUGAGCAACCUCAGCCAUUCCCCUGCCGUGGAAUCCACCUGUUUCCAGCUUUGGAAGCUGGUUGUCGUGGCAUUUCUGGCCCUGGCACAUUCCAGUUUCUUCACCAUGCUCUUCUUGGUGGCCGAGGAACCCUAUGUGUUUUCCUUAGCAGCCUACUCCUGCCUGGGUGCUUACAUUAUUAUGGUUUUCUUCCUUUGUAUCUUGAACGCCACGGAGCAGGCCUACCAGUUCUUAGCCUGGCGCACUGGUAGGGUGGUGGGCAGCCUUGACAAGACAAGGUACCUGGUGCUCAGGCCUGCCCUGGCGGUGGCGGUGACGGCCGUACUCAGUACCAUUGGCCUUCUGAAUGCUGCCCAGCCCCCAGUGGUGAAAACCGUGGAGGUACCCAUCCAUCAGCUACCCCCCUCUAUGAAUAACCUCAAGAUUGUGCUCCUUUCGGACAUUCACUUGGGGCCCACAGUGGGCAGAACCAAGAUGGAGAUGUUUGUGAGGAUGGUGAACAGGCUAGAGCCGGACAUCACCGUGAUCGUGGGUGACCUCUCCGAUUCGGAGGCCUCCACCCUGCAGACGGCAGUGGCCCCUUUGGGCCAGCUCCGUGCUCAUCUUGGCACCUACUUCGUCACGGGUAAUCACGAAUACUACACGUCGGACGUCAGCAACUGGUUCGCACUGCUGGAAUCCUUGCAUGUCCGACCUCUGCAUAAUGAGAACGUGAAGAUUUCUGCCCCCCGGGACCAGGACGGUGGUGGGGCUGAUAAAGAGUGGGUCUGCUUGGCGGGCGUGGACGACAUAGAAGCAGACAUCCUCCACUACGCCGGCCACGGCAUGGACCUGGACAAAGCUCUGGAGGGCUGCAGCCCGGAUAGCGCCACCAUCUUGCUGGCUCACCAGCCUCUGGCUGCCAAGAGAGCCCUCCAGGCUCGGCCAGAUAUCAACUUAAUUCUUUCUGGGCACACUCACGCAGGGCAGAUCUUCCCCUGGAAUGUCGCAGCCUAUCUCCUGAACCCUUUCUUUGCUGGACUCUACCAAGUAGGCCAGGCUACAUUUGUGUAUGUCAGUCCAGGCACAGCCUACUAUGGGAUACCGAUGAGGUUGGGGAGCAGGGCGGAAAUCACAGAACUCAUCCUGUGGCGGGCUCCCUAAGCCUGCCCCAGUGGCCCUUGCCGCCUUGUCCUUACCCAACACCUUUGUCCAUCUCCUGCUCCGGCCUAGCCCUGCCAGCACCCCUUUGGCCACAGCCUGCUGGGAGCAGCGAUUUGCAAGGGAACCGGCUGCCUGACAAGUUCAGGCUGAUUAAACUCUUCAGAUAAUCAGUUGCUUUUUGGUAGUACACCUGUGAUUCCACUCGGCCACAUAAAUGCGAACACACGUUUGUUUUCCAGCCUGCUGUAGAGAAGAGGCUCUUUUGUAGAGGGUUGAGUGCUUGGAAAGGACACCUCAGGGAGAAGCAGGGACACUUGUCUCCUGUGGGUUUAACCCUGGUUAGGACUUGGGUGGGUUCUGAAAUUUCUUGAUCUAGAGACAGUUGGUCUGGGCAUGGACCAUGUUGAGAGGUCAAUUGAGAUGGGCGCCAUCCCUCUGCUUGCUGGAGGACUGUAUCCCUUUCCCCCUUGGUUCAGUCAAGGUCACCUUUAUUGAGGACAUCAGUAGAAUCAAUGAGAGCAUGGGGCCCUUCCUGUCUUGACCUUGAGGGGUGCUGAUUGCUGGGCUUGGUGGCUGGAGAAGAAAUCAUGGGAAUCCUGGUAGGUGACGGCUCUAGUCUCUUCAUAUCUUGGCGGCUCUGAAUCCUGGUUCUGUGUCGUCUUUGGAUGUUUUCUGUGUUCAGGGGUGAGGAAAGGACACUGAUGUGAUGGGGUAUGUCUCAAGGCUGAGAGUGUGGUGCAGAGACAGAGCUCUUGCCUAGGAGGUGCCCGACUUUGAGUUCCAACCCAGCAUCACAAAACAAAACUGUAAGGUAGAGAGAGUGUGUGAGUGUGUGUAUACACAUACAUGUGAAGGGAUACUAAGUCCUUCUGAAAGGUCAUUUUAUGGCCUGAUGGUUAAGUAGCUUUAUUGGUCAUGGUGAGUGCAGGAUUCUUAAUACAGAUAAACAUUAAACAAGGCCUUAGAAACCCAUGUUCCCUUCAAAGUGGUUUGCUUGUUUGAGGCUGGCUUCAGUUCACUCAUAGCUAGAUGAAGUGAAGCCUCUGAGAGUUGCUAAUGGCAGGAGGCCAUCUGUCACAGUUGGAUGACUCAGGAGAUUAGAGCCCCCUUCCCAUUACCCCAGGUUUGCGUCUGAGCUUCUGGUGAGAGGCUGCGGUUUCUUGUCUACCCAUAGGAAAGCUGAAGUUGAUAUGACUGUGAUCUACCUCUGCCCCUGCACGUUCCCCCAGGCCCUGGCUCUGAAAUGACAGGACUGGCUUACCUGGCUAGGGGCGUGGGGGGAAGACGAUGGACACGGAUGGACUCUAAUCCAUCUACCUUGGCCUCUGGCAACAGAAGCAUAGGGUCAUCCCUAGGGCUUCUAGACCCACAAGAAAAACAAAGGGGAGCUGGAGAGAUGGCUCAGGGGUUAAGAGCACUGGCUGCUCUUCCAGAGGACCCGAGUUCAAUUCCCAGCAACCACAUGGUGGUUCACAACCAUCUGGUGUCCUCUUCUGGCCUGCAGGCAGAACACUAUACAUAAUAAAUACAUCUGAAAGAAAGAAAGAAAGAAAAGCAAAAGGAGCUAUCUUGUGCAAUGUCUGCAGAUUAUUGGUCUAGCCUUUGCCAGAGGCGAGAGAGACUGUGCCCUUUUUAUAUCAGAAAGCUUCUCUUAGGAAAAGGCCUCAUUGAGAUGUGUUGAGGAACAUCUGAGUAGCUUAGAUUCAGGGCCUGGAGUUCUGUAUAGGGAGGUGCAGGUGCCCUCUGCCUGGAGAGGGGCUUCCUGCUGCUUAUGAGGGAGGGCUGAUGUCUGGCAGUGACAUGUCCUCCUUAGAUCUCUGGCUUCCAUCAGCCCCGAAAUGGGUGUAAUUCUUGAAUAUACCUCAAGGCUGCUUUGGCUGGGAAAAUGUGACGACUGUACCCAUAGUCGGCCCUUAGUGUUAGAUUUACAUCAGUGCUAAUCAGAGACCUGCUAAGGAGUGUGCCUGGAGAGUCUCUGGAGCAGCCAGGCAUGGGAAUUGUCAGUGAGUGGUGGGAUGCCCUCCAGCAGAGACCAGAUGGCCAUGUGAUACCUGCUGAGAGCCUCCUUCCUGUGCCUGAGUUUCCUAUGCGCACUCUGCUUUGUAGAUGGGGGUUCUUCAUCUUCUUGUCCUUCUGGUGUGAUGGGGUCUGGGGGGUGCAGGAGACUACUCACACAGUCUUGUUUCCCAGUAGAUAAGGUAUUGGCAGAGGGCCAUCCAGUUUAAAAAAAAAAAAAAUACAUGCCUGUCAUCCCCAGCACUCAGCGAGUGGAGACAAGACAUUCAGAGUUCAAAGCUACUGGUGAGUUAGUGAGUUUGAGGACAUCCUGGGCUACAUGAGACCCUGUCUUGAAAAAAAGAGAGAGAGAAAUAGCUUUGUUUUGAAACUGUGGCAUUCUCAUCCCCUCUUACCUUGUACAGAUUUCAGUGAACUGGGAGAGACUUUGUAGAAACCACGAUGUAUUGAUGGGAUUCUGGGAGAGACCACUACUCAGCCCCUAGCUUUCCCACACCCUCCUGGGUACCUCUCCCACCUGCCACCCUCUGGCCUCAGGAAGGUCACUUUCUCCAGUGUUCCCCAUUUCUGGUUUCUCAAUCCCUUUCAGGGUCCUGACUGGCCUUCCUGUUCUGCUUUGCUUUGGGUCUCCCCAGACGGAGUUGACAUCUUUUCACUCCUGAUGCCAUGGGGAGCCCUUGGACUCCAGACUCCUGCCCCUCCGGUUAUGUUUACUGGUUCCUUGACCUCUGGAUCCGUCUCUUCAGGGCCCUGGGCUUGAUGAAGUUGGCUUUGGCGUCCUGGGUCUCUUGUGUUUGAUACUGUCAUAUUGUCAUUCGUGUGCAUGGCAUUCAUUCUGUUGUUUUUAUUUUUGAGACGGGGUCUUGCUGUGUGUACCAGUUGGCCUUCAGCUUACAGUCAUCCUCCCACCUCGGCCUCCCAAGUGCCGGAUGCCAGGCGUGUGUCACGACGCCUGGCUCCUUCAUCCUCUCUGAACUGUUUUACCAAAUACUUUUCUAUUAACGGGUGUGGGUUGGGUUACAACUCAGUGGUGGGGAACUUGCCUUGCAAGUGUGAGGCCCUAGGCUCAGUCUCAGGACCAUGACAGAAAGGAAAAACAGUGAUCAGAGGCAAUGAGGUGGCCCAGCAGCUGACAGCCCCAGGGCCAGUGAGGUGGCUCUGGAUGACAAGCCUGACUCCACAGAGCUGUCCUUGGACCUCCCCAUGUGUGCGGCGCCAAGUGUGUGCCCACACUCACACACAGAUCACAUAGCACACACGCAAUCAUACGAAUAGACUCUCUGAAGAGACGAGACUGCCUGCUCUUCUGAAAUCGUGUAUAGAAGGGAAACAGCUGUUCUGUUCUCGGCUGUCUCUCUCCUCCUACUUUGGUCUUAGUAGAGCAAGUUUGCUCCCUCACGCCUCCGGGUUAUCCAGCCUGUUGGCAUGGAGGUGUUCAUGGAAUUCCCUUCUCCUCCUUUCUUCCCUGACUGGGUCUCACUAAGGCGCCAGCUGCUCUGGAAGUCAUACUCUUCCUGCCUCAGCCCCCUGACUCGGGAUUGCAGACAUGUGCCUCCAUGUCCAUCCCCUUACAGUCAUCUUUAUUUCUGUGGUACCAGUUGUAGUGGCCGCUCCUUCCUUCCUGAAUUCGGUUGUUGGAGUGUAGCUAAGGGUCAGUUGAUUGUGCCGUUGCCAAAUAUCUAUUUUGCUUAUUCUUUGUGCGUUUUUUUUUCUGGCUCCUAUUUCAUUGAUCUCUGUUCUUUUGUUUUGGUUUCGUUGUUGUGAUUGUUGUUUUUUGUUUGUUUGUUUUGGAGACAGGGUCUCAAUAUGUAGCCCUGGCUGGCCUGAAACUCACUACAUAGACCAGGCUGGCCUGGAACUCAAGGAGAGCCUUCUGCCUCUGCCUCCUGAGUGCCGGGAUCAAAGGUGUGCAUUCCCAGUUCCUUCUCUAAUUUCUCAAAAAGCUGUCUUUUUACAGUUUUCUUUGGUUUGAAUCCAAGUCUGAAAAAGUUCCAUAUGCCGUGCGUGCUGUGUCUAAGUGUAUGACAUUCCCCGUACACACACAUGCACAAAGAAGUAAGUGAAAAUAAUUAAGGACAUCUUUCGUUAAUGUGUAUUUUAACGUGUGUGUGUGUGUGUGUGUGUGUGUGUGUGUGUGUGUGUAGUGCUAAUAUAGAGGUCAGAGGUCAGCUUGCAGGAGCUAGUUCUCUCCUACCAUGUGGGUCUCUGGGAUCGAACUCACAUUGUACAGCUUGGUGCCAAGUGCCUUUACUCAGCUAUUUUUUUUUUUAGAUUUAUUUUUAUUUUUAAUCAUGUGUAGCUCUUUGUGUCUUACAUGUGGGUGUGUUGUGUGCACAUGCGUGCAGGUGCCUCAGGAAGCCAAAGGCCUGGAGCUGGACUUAGAGAUGGUUGUGAGUUGCCUGACUUGGGUCCUCUGAACCACCGAGCCGUCUCUCCAGCUUCCUAGUUUUAUUUUAUUUUGGGUUUAUCGAGACAGGGUUUCUCUGUGUAGCCCUGGCUGUUUUGGAACUUACUCUAUAGACCAGGCUGGCCUCGAACUCACAGAGAUCCACCUGCCUCUGCCUCCCCAGUGCUGGGAUUAAAGGCGUCACCAUAACCGCCCAGCUUUUUUUUUUUUUUUUUAAACUGUAUGUUUGUCUUUUUAUUUUUCCCUGAGAUAAAGGGACAGAAUUAAGCUGAUUACUGGUCAGGAGUGCAGGAGGCUGAGGAUCCAGACCCAAAGUGCUCACUGUUCUCCGUGUCCUCUGCUCGCCUCUGCCUGUCCCAUGGCACUGCCCUCUUUUUAGCCAGACCUUUGAAAUGUGAAAAAGAAAAAAAGUUUUUAACACAAGACAUCUAUGAAUAAACAAAAUUAAUAAGCAGAGAUGUGGGGCAGAGCAAGUAUCCGUAAAUCUGUCCCUCGGGGUAUUAACUGUCACCAUGACCUCAGUUGCUGUGUUUCUUCAGCCUGUCCAGACUGUACUGGCCACAGCAGCCUCUGGGUUUCUGGUCAUCAGGAAUCGCCCUUGGCUUUCUCUGUGAUAUGUGACCAUAAGGGACUGAAGAGGCCUUAGCUGUGCAGAGCCCUCCCAGCCUCCUCCCCCUCUUUCCAGUGCCCUGGGUUGCUAGUGGACAGCUGGGUUUUUCCACCCUGGAGCUGGGGGGAGCUGACAGGGCUUUGUGGAGACCCAUUGGAUAGAAAUUUUGCAGCUUUCUCCAAAAGUUCAUAAUGACCCUUAACCUGUGACAUCACCACACUGCUUUUACUCUUUGUUCAAGUCCAGGAAUGUGCAUAAGGGAUGUAGAUAUAUUUAUUUUUAGCACUGAGGACUAGAACUCUUAGGGGAGAUGUUCAAGUUACCCAUUGACGCCUGUACUGUUACAGUUAAUGUUUUAUUUUUUUAAGAUUCUUAGAGCUGAAAAAAAAUCACACUGGUCAGCAUUAGACUCUUGGGAAGUACUUGGUCAAAGGGUAUUUUGUGCUGCCUUUUUUUUUUUUUAAACCUCCAAUAUUAUAUGCAUUGUGUGUAUAGUGGGGGUGGGGACUGGAGGGUCCCUGAACAUCCAGUACGGCUGCUCAGAAUUAAUGUUUUCUGUUCCUAUGGCUAUAUACUUUGUAAACACUGAUGCCACCACACCCUGCAAGUGUGAAAUAAAAAUGUAUCGAUCAUGA